UUGGUUACAAAAGGAACAAAUAUUGACGCGUCCGAGCUAUCUCGUAAUAAAAUGCAUAAUAUGUUUGGAAUGCGACAUGUAGGGCUCGACUGACGUCACAGCGCUUCGUUUUCGGUGUAUUGAAGCGAGUUUCGAAACGUCUUUCCGCGGCAGCUUUGCUUCAAAGUAUCGAAACUGUGUCGAGUGUGCAGCAGUGUUUGAUGCAUGUGUCAGUACAUCAGUUUACAAAGAGUGAUUUGGGAGUUGUUGGCCUGAAGAAACAACUGCAGACACCAUGUCACGGAAACAGACGGCCAAAUCUGUGCGGAGCAACAAGAAGAGUGAACUGGAACGGAAGCGGGAUGAGCGGGCUGCGCGGCGAGCAAUUGCAAAAGACAGAAAGAACCGACCUCAGGGUGGCGAUGAAGGGGCGGAGUUCCUCAGUUUUUCGAAUCAGCUCCAGGCAUUGGGACUCAAACUGAGAGAGAUCCCUGGAGAUGGGAACUGCCUAUUCAGAGCUCUUGGUGACCAAUUGGAGGGUCACUCUCGAGGUCACCUGCAGCUUCGUGAGGAGACUGUCCAGUACAUGGCAUCCCAUCGGCAAGACUUUGAGCCAUUUGUUGAAGAUGAUGUACCCUUCACCCAGCACUUGUCCAACCUCUCAGAGCCUGGUACAUUUGCAGGCAAUGACGCCAUUGUGGCUUUUGCGCGGAGUCACCAGGUGAAAGUGGUCAUCCAUCAGCUAAACGCACCACUAUGGGAGAUAAACGGUGCUGAGAAGCAAGUGUGCAGAGAGCUGCACAUCGCCUACCGUUACGGGGAUCACUACGACAGUGUGCGGUGCACUGGAGACAACUCUGAGAGCCCUGCUCUGCUCCGCAUAGAGAAUCUGCAGAAUUCUCACGGUCAGCAGCGGGAGUUUGGGGACGGCCAGAAGCACAAACAGAGAAACUCUUCUGCAAUCUCAGAGGAUGACAGUGUGAUCCUGAGCUCAAUCAAGAGUCGAGGAAUCCAGGGGGAUGAAGAGAACCUGCUGCAGCUGAGUGCAGCGACCAUCAAUGCUGAGUGGUUAGUGGGCUCUCUGCUGACUCACAGCCGGUGUGCGUCACAGUCCGCAGACUGUAGAGCCGCAGCCACAGACUAUACUGAUGCCAAACAGUCAGCAGAUGGCAGCAACACACACACAUUUAAGUUGUCCAACAAGCAGAAGAAGGAGCAGCAGCGUCAGGAGAAGAAGAAACGUCAGGAAGAGAGGCAUCGGCAGAAGGUUCGCCAGAGCAAAGGAAUCCAGGACCAGAACGUGCCAGAGGCUGUCACUUUAGUACCAGCUCUGAACACUCUUAGUAUAUAGACUGGACCCAUGGCAUUUUGCACAUACUUCAGUUCCACUGAGUGGUGGAAGCUGGGGGGGGGGAUAGAUCCCUGUAGUUUCUUUGCAAAUUCUCUGACAGUGCCUGUAAUUUGUACAUGUGAAGUGGGGGUGACACUGGUUUUUGUUGGUGCACAUUUAGAAGCCAGACUGGCUUUUGACCACAGCUGUGCACACGUCAGGUGGCUGAUGUUCUAGUUUGCCACAAAUUAAGAUGUUUGUUCGGUCUCGACGUUGGGAAAGCAGAGCGCCGGACAGAUGGUUGUUCUGCACGCUGUACUGUAAAUAAGAAAUGUGGCAAUAAAUCAUGAAUACUGUCCUUGUAUCAACGCUUAUUAGCCAGUUGGUCAUCACUUGUAACACAGUUUGAAAUUAGGAAGCAUUUAAGUAAUCAAGUCUUUAUUUUUCAACACCAAGUAUGGUGUAGGACUCUGCCUAAAAACUUUUUCUCCUACUACACAUACUCCAUUUCUUUAAAUGAUUUGUGUUCAGUUGCGGUGUUUACUGGAUUUUGGUGUCUUAAAAAAGCAUUCUGUGGGUCACGGCCAGGUCCCUUUUGGUUUGCUUCAGUGUCAAGUGCCUCACUGGUGUGAAAACACACAGCUGGCAUUUUGUUAAACC